GCUCGCGGAGAGCCGGCGCGGAAGUGGCCGGCGGCCGCGCGCCCUGGUCCAGGCCUGCAGGCAUGUCGUCGGGGGACGAGGGGCCCGGCGGGCAGAAGGGGGCCCCGCGAGCGGCCGCCACUCUCUGCGGCCUGUACCACGAGGCCGGGCAGCAGCUGAGGCGCCUGCAGGACCAGCUGGCCGCCCGGGACGCCCUCAUAGAGCGCCUCCGCGCCCGCCUGGCCGCGCUCGAGGGCGACGCGGCGCCGUCGCUCGUGGACGCACUGCUGGAGCAGGUGGCGCGCUUCCGGGAGCAGCUGCAGCAGCGGGAGGGUGGCGCCGUGGAGGCGGCGCUGCGCCAGGAGAUCGAGAGACUCUCUGAGCAGCUGGAGGAGAAGGAGCGAGAAGCCCAGCAGUGGGCGAGCCAGCCAGGCCACGCUCGCGAGCGGGAGGUGGCCCUGCUGCGCAGGCAGGUGGCAGAGCAGGAGCGGGCCCGGGCCGCCAGCGACGUCCUGUGCCGCUCCUUGGCCGACGAGACCCACCAGCUGCGGAGGACUCUGGCCGCCACCGCCCACAUGUGUCAGCACCUGGCCAAGUGUCUGGAUGCACGGCAGGGGGCCGUGGGGGAGCAGAGCCCGGAGCCAGGACGCGCAGGCAGGGAGGCCUCUGUCCAGGCUGCGAUUGAGAGGUUACGGGAAGAAAACCGACUGUUAAAGCAGAAGGUGACUCAUGUGGAGGACCUCAACGCCAAGUGGCAGCGCUACGACGCCAGCCGGGAGGAGUACGUGCGGGAGCUGCGGGCCCAGCUGCGGGGGCCGCCGGCCCCCGAGCCCGAGCUGGGGCUGAUGAGGAAGGAGAUCUCCCGGCUCAACCGGCAGCUGGAGGCGAGGAUCGGCGAGUGCGCGGGGACGGCGCGGGAGCUGGCGGCGGCGCGGGAGCGGACGCAGAUGCUGGAGCAGCAGAUCCUGGUGUACAAGGACGACUUCCUGUCGGAGAGGGCGGACCGGGAGCGGGCGCAGGGCCGGAUUCAGGAGCUGGAGGACCAGCUGGCCGCCCUGCAGCGCCAGGCGUCCCGCGGGCAGGACCCCCAGAAGCCAGGCUCCUGCCGGAUUCACACAGGGACCCAGCCCCCCAAGUACUCAGAGACCGAUGCCGUGGAGUUGCCGGCAUCUGCCGGCCAGCGGCCCGGGACCGGGUCCCAGUGUCCGGCCGCCCCUGGAGAGGGCGGGCGCCCCGGCGCAGCCCAGAGCGGCCAGGGGGAGCUCCAGUGCCCCCACUGCCUGCAGGGCUUCGGCGACGAGCAGGGCGAGGAGCUCCUGAGGCACGUGGCCGAGUGCUGCCUGUGAGCCCAGGCAGGGACAGGCGGGGCGCCCUCAGCACGCGAGAUCCAGGCUGAGGGUGCUUCCGACCCCUUGCCUCGGUCCUGCUCCAGCCGCGGACAGAGUGGGUCAGGGGGACCCGCUGCACCGGGGGUGGUGCGUGCUCGGGAGGCCCGGCUCUGCUUCCUGCACAGAGCUCAAGGUGUCCGGCUGCGGCCCAGGUGACAGCCCCGCCCCACCCUGCGCCUGGGGCGCUGCAGCCUGCUGGGAAGAGGGGCUGCCCGUGGGCGCCACACGCCGGCGCCCAGGGUGGGAGGGCCCCUCCAGGGGCGCAGAGCCCAGCGUGCGGCCGCCAGUCGCUGGCCGGGGUGGCCUCGGCUGGAGGAGCUGCUGUGUGCUCUGGGCAGAGGGUGCUGCCACGGUGCCAGCCACGCACCCCGGAGCUCAGGCACUCUCACUGUGUGUUCACGUGCUCGUGUAAUAAACAUGUUUGCUGCUGA